UGCAUGAUGUCACUUCCACCAGCUCUGGUAUAUAUAAAACAAUGCUGCAGUGCUCACUAGGCACCCAAAGCAAGCAGGGGAGGGAGGCAGGGAUUGGACAUCAAGGAGUGAUUGCAGCAUUUCCCAGCAGAUUGCAACCAGCCAGAUCCCAGGAUGCUCUCUCUAGGAGUCCUUUCCCUCGCCCUAUGUGCAGCACAAGUUUUGUCCCUUCCUGUAUCCAGCCUGGAAAGUGAAGAUGACACUAAGGUGAUGAAAUGCAUCGUUGAAGUGAUUUCGGACACGCUGUCUAAACCCAACCCCGUCCCCAUCACUCAGGACUGCCUGGAGACUCUCCGAGGAGAUGAAAGGAUCAUCUCCAUCCUCAGGCAUCAGAAUCUCCUGAAGGAACUGCAGGAACUGGCUGCCCAAGGGGCCAUGGAGAGGAUCCAGAAAGUGAAGAAGAAUCGCGGUUAUGAGGAGGAACUUUCCGGCGUCCUCGGCAAGCAGGACAAAGCUCCCGCCUCCGGUAAAGAUGCGCUUCCUCUUCACGGGAAAUUUUCCGAGAGCGAGGAGGUGAAGAGGCAACCGGAGGACGAGAGGAAGGCGAGCUCGGAGCGCUCCCAGGAAGAGGACAGCGCCGAGGAGCUGGAGAGUAACGAGAUCAGCAAGAGAGAGGAGACCCCCGAGGACGAGAUCGACAAUCAUAUCACCGACGAGAUCAACCACAUGGAGCCUCCCAAGGACAAUCAGGAAGACGCCAGCGACGGGGCAUCUGAGGAGGAGGCCGUGUCCAAGAAGGAUCCCGAGGAGAUCGGAGACCAUGACAAGGAAGAUCUGAAGCAAGAGAGCAACGAGACGGAAAACGAGGAGGACGACACCCAGCGGGAGGACAAUUCAAUGAGGAUCCCCGAAGACGCCAGGUCAGAGGCGGAGACCAGCAAGGAAAGCCAACAAGAAAGCGAAGCGGCUGACUGUUCCGACGACGAAACGGCCAAAGACCUCGAGGAUUCCAAACGAUGGAACAAAAUGGAUGAGCUGGCCAAGGAACUCCGAGCCAAGAGGUGCGCCAAACGCGACACCAGCGAGGAGGACCCAGACCGAUCCAUGAGACUUCCCGUCGCAGACCAAAAGUACGAGCCGGCCAACGAGGAGCGUGAAGACAGACAGCAGCAGCAAGCCUCCAGAGAAGACACGGAGCCUCAAAUGUCCAAAAGGCCAGAAGAGAGGAAGGAGGAAGAAGGCAGUGCCAACAGGAAGACCGAGGAACAAGAACUGGAGAGCCUGGCCGCCAUCGAGGCCGAGCUGGAGAACGUCGCCCACAAACUGCAUGACUUGAGGAGGGGAUGAUCU